AUGAUAGAUCUUGAAGAAAUUCAAGAAUCACAAACUACUAUCCCACAACAUGUGGAAGUAGAAAAUAUCUUCGAAACUCAAAGUACACUAUCUCCACGUAGAUCUCAAAGGAUCUCAAGACCUCCUAAUAGGUAUGGUUUCUUAGUUGAGGGCAAUGAGGAUAACCUUCUAUUGGAUGAAGAUCCAAUAACCUACAAGGAGGCGAUAUCUGAUAUCGACUCGGGAAAAUGGAAAGAAGCUAUGAAAUUCGAAAUGGAUUCCAUGUACUCUAAUAAGGUGUGGACUUUGGUGGAUCCUCCUAAAAGUAUUGUACCUAUUGGCUGUAAAUGGAUCUACAAGCGAAAUCUUGGAGGUUAUGGAAAGAUAGAUACUUAUAAAGCUCGUUUGGUGGUGAAGGGUUACAACCAAACUCAAGGUAUUGAUUUUGAGGAAACCUUCUCACCAGUAGCGAUGCUUAAGCCCAUUUGGAUCUUACUUGCCAUAGCUACAUAUUAUGAUUAUUAG